AUGCGAAACCUUCUUUUAAUCUUGUUCGCCGUUUCUGCGGGGGCUACGAGCUACCGUAACGUAUUUCUGCCCCAAGAGGGUCCGAUCUGCUCGGACCCGCGGUACCGUUGCCAGGACGAGGACGCGACGUGCUGCCAGACGCCGCAGGGAGAUUAUGGAUGCUGUCCGAUGAAAAACGCCGUCUGCUGCGAGGACAAGAUCCACUGCUGUCCCCAUGGUACCACCUGCGACGUCGAGGAGGGCACCUGCAAUCACGCCUCCGGCCACCGGCUCCCGCUCCAAAAGAAGAAAGCCAGCCAGAAGCACGACGUUAAGCUGGAAGUGGAGUGUGCCGACAAGAAGUCAAAGUGCCCGAGUGGCACCACGUGCUGUCUGAUGUCCAUGGGCGGAUAUGGGUGCUGCCCGCUGCCCAAGGCUGUCUGCUGUGAGGAUAGGAUGCAUUGCUGCCCGGAUGGGACUCGCUGCGACUCCAGCGGCCAGCGCUGUAUUCAGGACGAGACAAACCAUGUGACGCCGUGGUUCACAAAAUUCCCCUCAACCCCGAUCCGCCGGAAGCCCGGCAUCAAGUUCAGCAAGGACCUGAUCGAGGACUCGUCGGAGACAAUUUCGGAUGAGCAAGAAGACGAUGCCGUGAUCUGUGGAAUGGUUAGAUGCCCAUCAGGGUCAACCUGCUGCGCAACCCGAGGGCUUUUCGGCCAGAAGACGUUCAGUUGCUGCCCGCUGGCUCAUGGUACUUGCUGCCACGGCUACUGCUGCCCGGCCGGUUACUGGUGCUCGGCCGGCAAGACGUGCGAGAAGCGCGCCCUCACCAAAGCCGAGCUCGAAUUU